ACUUCCAUCAUCAGCAAAUCAACAGUACUUCGAAUAAUAUCUGCAAUCUUGUGCCGGCAAUUGACUUUUCAACAAGAUCUAGCUAAUGCAUGUCUAUAUAAUGUUUUGCCUUUUGCAACCUUGUAGAUCAUCAGCAAUAUUUUAUCACCAUUUUGUUCGGCAACAAAUUAAUCUAAGAACAUUAGCACAAAGCAUGGCUAGUGAUCAUAGUGUUGGUGGGGUGGAAGUGAUCAGCAACAAACAAGUGAUCCUCAAGGACUAUGUGAGUGGUUUUCCAAGAGAAUCAAACCUGUACCUGACGACAAGUAACAUCAAACUCAAAGUGCCAGAAGAAGAGAGUGGUAAAGAUGCUGUGCUGGUUAAGAAUCUCUACUUGUCUUGUGAUCCUUUCAUGCGUGGAUGGAUGCAGAGAGAUCUGCCACCCGGUAAAUCUGAACUAUCUUCCUACUCCCUUGGCUCUCCAAUUGUUGGAUAUGGAGUGGCUAGAGUUGUUGAUUCCAGGCACUCUGACUUCAAGAAAGGCGAUUUGGUCUGGGGAACGACAAUCGGCUGGGAAGAAUACAGUCUAAUGACAACACCUGAAUACCUCUUCAAAAUCAACCAUACUGAUGAUAUACCCCUUUCAUACUACACUGGAAUUCUUGGAAUGCCUGGCAUGACUGCUUAUUUUGGCUUCUUUGACAUUGGUUCUCCCAAGGAAGGAGACCGUGUCUACGUUUCAUCAGCAUCAGGCGCAAUUGGUCAGCUUGUUGGGCAAUUUGCAAAGCUGAUAGGUUGUUAUGUUGUUGGAAGUGCUGGAAGUAAAGAAAAGGUUGAACUAUUGAAGACCAAGUUUGGAUUUGAUGAUGCUUUCAAUUAUAAAGAGGAGCAUGACUUGGAUGCAGCCUUGAAAAGGUACUUCCCUGAAGGCAUCGACAUUUACUUUGAGAAUGUUGGAGGAAAAAUGCUUGAUGCUGUCCUUCUAAACAUGAGACACCAUGGCCGUAUUGCAUUGUGUGGAAUGAUCUCUCAAUACAAUCUCGAGCAGCCUGAAAGUGUGCAUAACUUAAUCGCUGUACUCUUUAAGCAGAUCCGGAUGGAAGGGUUUGCGGUUGCCGAUUACUAUGACCAAUACUCCAAGUUCUUGGAUUUUGUUCUGCCUUAUAUUAAAGAAGGGAAGAUUGUUUAUGUGGAAGACAUAACUGAAGGACUCGAGAGUGGCCCUGCUGCAUUGAUAGGCCUAUUCAGCGGCCGAAAUGUAGGCAAGCAAGUAGUGAAGGUUGCUCAGGAGUGAUCAGUCUCCCUUUACAUGUCUUCUUUCCAAUGCCAUUGCUUGUCUUACAUGCUUCAUAUGGUACUGUGUCAAUACUAGCAAGUAGAGAAGGUUUCCAAUGAGCGAUCGGCCUCCUUUAGUAUCCUUUCCAUAGUUUUGAGUUAGAACAGCGGAUAAGUAUUGUAAAACUGCUCUGCCCAACUAAAUAAAAUAUAUGUCAUAUCUGAAUUAUAAUGAAGUAGACUGUUUUACUCCUUUUAUAGUGCUGCAGCUGUAUAUAUUGCUGUAAAAUUAAUGUUAUCUGUAAUAAAAUUCAAGUGGCCUGAUUAGAUCA